AUGGGCUCUGCUUGUUGUGUUGCUGCAAGGGAUAGAACUAUAACAAACAGAUCGGCAAGUGAAGUUUUGCAAAGGAAUGUCAGGUAUUCACCAUCAUGGAGCUGUCGAUGGGAUAAUCGUGGACGAGUAUCUGUGGAAGAGACAUCUGUAAAUCGGUUGCUCGAUGAAGGUGUUGGCAAACAUCGUUUGGAUGUCAAAUCUGGGACAACUAUAGAAACUGCCUUCGCAUCUGAAGAUGGUAGCUCAUUGGAUAGUUUCCGGUCAACUGCAUGGCAGAAGUCCCCAAUUACUGAUGGAAAUGCUGGGAUUUCAAGGCUUCCAUCAUCUGAUUCAUCUGCUGCACAGAAUUUGAGAGAGGUGAAGGAGUCGGCAGAAUUCCGAGUGGUUUCAUAUCCGUCUCCUGUAAAGCUCUCCUCUUCAGCACCUUCAGUUUCAUCUCUUUCAACAUCUCCUUUAUCAUCCCACAGUCACCUGCGUCAUCCAAACCCAACUCCUUCAAGGUGUCAUCACCUUUCCCCUGGACACCAACUAUUACGACAAGUGUCAGAUAGUCGGAUUCCAGUAUAUAAGUCACCGACGUUAUCAAUAUCUGACGAGGAGUCAUCCUAUGUGCUCCCUGCUUUGUGCAAUGAUUCGACAAGGGGAUCUAACCGGGAGUCUUCAGAUAGUUGGCCAAUUCCUGCCUUCUCUGAGCUCAUGGCAACUCGUAGAGAGAGGUGGUCAUUUGAUAGUGAAUUAUCGGGCUCCAAUCGUGACAAAAUAACAAAGUCAAACGGACGAAAUUCAGCAUCUCUUUCUUUUGAUCUCCGAACUUGUGGCGUUUGUGGGAAGCCUUUAACUCAGAGAUCUUCAUUGUUCAGCCAAGAACUUGCUGCUGUUGCAGUUUUAGUUUGUGGGCACGUGUAUCAUGCUGAGUGCCUAGAGAAUAUGACAUUGGAAGCUGACAAAUAUGAUCCAGGUUGUCCAGUCUGUAUUUUUGGGGAAAAGAGGGCUUUGAAGAUGUCUGGAAAGGCAUUGAGAGCUGAAAUGGAUUUGAAAAUCAGAAAGCGAUCCAGGCAUCGCGUUGUCAAUAGUGAUCUCAGUGGUGAUCUCGUGAGGUUUGAUAAUCAGAAAAACAUUAGGCUGGAAGGAAGGGGUGCCAAAUUGAGCUCAAGUUCCAGCAUGAAGAGCUCUUUAGGAAUGCCUUUCUUGAAACGGCACUUCUCAUUUGGGUCCAAGGGGAGUAUAUCCUUGGCGGAGAAUCAUUCUUCACGAAGAAGGGGGUUUUUCUGGGCGAAAUAG